AUGGUAAAGAUGGUUCAGAAGCACAAGCCCCGUGAAUCGAAGCAUCGCCGGCAGCAGCAACAGCAGCAAGCAGUUGCCAUCGCUGUCGACGAGGACGAGGACGACGGCGUCGCCAUCGCCGCCGCCGCCAGCCUGCCGCCGACCAGCCCAGCCUCCUCCCACCUACUCAUGAGCAGCGGGCACAACGGUGGCCGCUCCAAGUCCCAGGUUCGACAAAUUCAGUUGAUGGGAUGGUUUUUUUAGGUCUUUUGAUAUAGGAGGAGGUACUUAAGGGUCUUAUUAAGAAACAAGUUAGUGAGGAUAGAUUUAAGCUUGUCCGAGGUUCGGCAGACUUAGUUGAUGGAUUGGUGCCUCACACGUUUUGAUAGAGGAGGAGGUACUUAAGGGAUUUUUGUUGGUAUAAAGACGUCUUAGGUGCUAUAGUAGUGCGGAAGAAGCUUAAAUUUAGAUUUUAGAAAAAAGUAUGAAUAUUCAGGAUUUUAUUUGGACCCAAUAGGCUAUCUAGAUGAUCUACGGGUUGAGAUAGAUUUUUUUGGAGAAAUUUUGAAGUCUAAACAUUUAAAAAUUUUUUUCUCAAACUUUUUCCGAGCUUCAGCUGAAUUUUUUUGAGAAGGUUGGAUGUCCGUCAGACUGGAAAAAAAUCAGCACUUUUGUAGUUUUUUUGCUUUUUAAGAAGAGAAACUGAAGACAGACAGUAUUUUCCAACUUUUUUGAUUCUUUCUGGACUUUAGAAAAAUUUGGGUCAUUUUUUUCGCUUUUGAAACUUUGAAAGAACUGUUUGAAGAUUAUUUGACUUUGAAAAAAAGUCUGGUAAAAUUUAUUUUUUCUGUGACCUUUUUGCGCAGAAUCCAGCAACUCUAACCUCACUAAAGUACAUUGGUAUUAAGAUUUUCACUUUAGGUGUUACUCCCCAGAAAGACACUUUCAAGCCUAACUUCCAUUAGUGCCCAAAACUAAUCCUUAAGUUUACUAAGACCCAACCAAAGCUUCAAAAAGCCUGCUCAAUCGCCAAUUGUGUUUUAUUGCUCUCCUGAUCACGGCUAUUUUAUCACACCCUCCUUUGUCCGGCCAGACAGCAUCAGCCUGAGUCAGGAAAGAAGAAAGAAUAAAUAAAAGCGAACAAAAAAGAAGAACCGAGGGGCGGAGCUUAGAUCCUUAUCAGUCAUCUACUACUACUACUACGAGCGUUUGUGUACGUUUGUUGUAUUAUUACUAUAUCAUGCACUUUUAACAGCUUAUCAGUCUGGAUUUCUUGUCCUUUUGCUCUUUUUUCUUGAUGCAACACGUUUUUAAAUGACUUUCUUGAAGAACAUAACUUUUGAAAUCCGAAAAUAUACUUUUUCGAUAGAAAAUUCCUUUAAAGGGCAACUGUACGAUGAUGAUAAACUAUUGGGUUCUGAGGUCAAUUUUUCACAAAAAUGAUAAGAAUUUGAGUAUGAGGCGGUUUCGAAACUUCUUCAUUAGUUUUGAUUUUUUUUUAGUCGAGCUACUUAUUUCUCAUGUUGCCCGCAUUUUUCAAAAAUCUUUUCUCAAUUCCAAGUUUAUUGUUAAUUUUGAUUUAUUUCUUGAUCACAUUUGAAAUUUCCUGCUUUUUUUAAGUCACGCCUGUUUGUUACGUUUGAAAAUUCCACUAGGAGUUCCUUCUUUUUUAAUUUUUUUUAUUGCUCAUCUUAGAGAUUUCUCGGGCUCAAAAAUCAGAAAAAAAAGUAUCAAAGCAAAUUUUUGCAUUCUGAAGACUUCAAAAAACAUUUUUAAUUUGGAGUCUUCAUCGGAUUAGAAAAAGUUCAUUAACUAGCGUCUAUAGUUUGAAAACCAUUUUUUUUUUCCAAUUCUCUCCCUGUUGUAUUGCUCAUACUAGCCAUCUUCUGAUAGCUUCGAAAAUGUCCAAAAACCACCAAAACUUUCAAACUUUUUCAUACUUUUUCCUGUCAAAGUUUGUCGACCCUCUUCUCAUAGCCAAAACCGGAAUUUCCCAUUCACCUUCGCCCCACGGCACACGCAAAACGAACAAAACGGAAAAAAGGCCUCGGCAGCAAACAGCUGAAGCCACCAGGGCCGUUGUUUGAGUUUCCGCAUUUCCAUGCCAUUCUCAUUUUUUGCUGUCUGUGUGCAUGUGUACGUGGUGGUCGGGUCAUGCGAGAGGCUUUUCAGCGGCUAUAUUUAGACCGCCGCCUGGUAAAAUACUGUUUGGCGGAACAGUAAGGGCUCACUGAUCGGUGGGAGAAGGGCUGUAACAUGAGCAAUAUAUUAAAAAAAGAUUUAUUGUUAUGAAAUCUUUUUUUUCCGAAUGAAACGGCGAUAAGAUGAACAGACUGAGUAGUACUUUAUCUCUGGGAAAAAUCAGAAAAUCUUGAAACUUCCAGAGAAAAAAGUGACGUUGACUUGAGAUGUGAUGUCAUGUUGUGAAAGAAAUAGUGUGCAAAAAAAAGAGGUUUAGACAUUUUUUUGAUUUUUCACUCGAGGGAUUAAGGAUAUGUAUGAGCUUCUACAGAAAAAGUAUCUUUUUCACAAAAUGUGUCCAACAAUAAUCCUAACAUGAGCAAUAUCAAGCUUGAACCAGCAACAAAGUCAGGUUACAUUCUAGAAAUAAUUCCAAAAAAAUUCAAAAAAAAAAUUAUCCGUUCGAUCUCAUUCAAGCUAUAACAUGAGCAAUAACCAGCAACAUUUUCAGAGCAGCGAGACGCCGUCGCUACGACGUCGAAAAAAGACGAUCAGCGAAGUGGACAGCGGGGCCGAGGAGCCGGCCGGACCCAGCAGCCACGACAAAAACUGCGGUUCGUCUUCAAAACAUCAUGUUGAUGUUUCAGUUAUAGAAUAAUCAGUGAUUCUAGUUUGACGGGUGUUAAAGGAUCAGAAGAUUCUGCACGAACGCACGGAAAGGCUCAAAGUCGCAUCCGACCCAAAACUACUUGCGCGUUUCGGCUUCGCAAAUCAUUAGAGCAGUUUCUGAAAAAGAUCCAAACCGCGACGCUUUGAGCCAUUCCACCUGCGGUCAAUUUGAUAAAAUUCGAUUAGAUCGAUUUCUGAUGUAGUGAGACAGUGUGUGAAAGUGAGAGGUAUAGGGAAAGUAUAGUGAUUUUGAAUCUUUUCGUGUUGAAAAGAAUGUCAGUCUUGAUUUUUUGAUUUCUAAAAGUUUUUACGAGCCAUCUUUCCCUGUUGAAGUUUCGAUUACCACGUCUUGAUUACAAAAAAAUCAAAAAUAAUUAAGAAUAAUUUUUUUCUAGAGUACCGAAGGGAGUUAAAGAAACGGUUAACAACAUUCUUAACCAGUGAGUUUGAAACUUUCGAAUUUUCCCCUGCAUGUUUUGUAGUUUUCCUCAUUUUGCAUGCUUUUGUGUUAUCCUGGUAGACUUUUAAAGUGCGGACGGUAUGGGGACGUUUCUUCACAGUUUUCUAUACGCAUUUUUAUUUAUUCAAAACUAUCCUAGCAUUGAUAUAACUUCACUCUUCUCAUUUUGAAACGUCUUUGAAACGUAUUCGAAGAAACCUGAACAAGUAGGAAACGCAGCUUUUCCGCCUGUUCCGUUGAUCUCUCCGCAGACGUUGCCGCGUGUGACGUCACACGCGGAAGGGCAAAUAUUGCCUGAAGGCGUGUUUGCGCCGUCGCGGCCGUUUUUUCCACCUCCUUUUCAUAUAUGAUUUUUUCCUGUGCAUGCUUUUGCAAAUAGACGCAUGAAAUUGGGAAAUUUGAGGGGAAGAUUGUUUUCAAACGGCUUUUAGGAGAGGAAAGAUGAAAAAUUGAAGUUUUACCUUGAGACUUUUGAAUUAAUGGAGGGAUUCUGAAGUUUUGAAAAAGAAAGAAAAGGACUGAAAACUUUUUCAUUUCUUGAGGCUUAGUUAGGAAUAAAAAAGUCAGAAUUUUUUGUACCUUCACGAUUUUUCUUGAAGGCUAUGUUGAUCAUAUUCUUUUCCAUAAAACUUUCUCCAUGAUACGUAAUUUUCUGACCUAUCUGCGCUCUCCCAUCUCUCCGCGUUUCUUUGCUUGAGACGAUUAGAGAAAUGAGAGAGCGCAGACAGGUCAGAGAACUUUUCUAGUUGAGACAAAUGUGAUGUAUUUUUUAGCGUGCAUGUUACUCAAAGUUUUAGAGUUUUGCAUGUUUCUAGCAUGAUUCUCCCCUUGCAUGUCUACCCCAGCUUUUCCAAUUUCAGAAACUCCCAACCGGAAUUUUCCAGGCGGCACUCCGAUGGCGUCGUCGGACUCCGGCGUCGAAUCGACGGCCGAAGUCGACCUGACCGAGCUGAAGGCGUCGGAUUCGCCCAUGUCCCAUGGCGCCGAGUCGCCACGGGCCGACCGCGCCGACAUGCUCAUGUGCGGCGAGUGUCAGGCCACCUUCUCCUUCAACUCCUUCAACGCCUUCGUCGAGCACAAGGUUCGGAGAAAUCUUUUUGGUGAUUUUUAUGGGAGUGGAGAUCACUUUGUCUUCUUAGAGGUGAGAUGUUAGACUUGGAAGGCUGUGAAUUUAGCCGGAGUAGCAAGGAGGGUAUAGAAGUGACUUUCUGGGGUCUAUGGUUAGCUCUGAGGUCUGAGAAGGGCUCGGAAGAGGCGGGGGGUCUUAAAAAAAUGCCUUUUUUUCUUAUCACCUUGCAUACAGUUUUACUGAUGGUUUGGAAAGCGUUGGCCUCAUUUUUCGCAAUUUUUCGAAGUCAAGAUAUUGGGAGAGGGUUAAGCAUCUAUUUUUCGAUUUUUCCAGUUAGGAAGUAUGGUUUUAAAAGGUUUAAUGUAAUACAGCGAUUCUCACCAGAUCUGGUCAGAAAUUACUCUUGCAAGAUUUUUUUUCUCCAAUUUUUCUUUAAGCUUUUUUUUACUUUGACAGUAUCUCAAGGAAUUCUUUUUUCUUGGCUUCCGAAGCUCUAGAACAGUUUCCCGAUUCUCUUACAGUUCUUAGGGCCCCAGCCAUGCUCCAAGAUAGUUCUACUUGAACGAUGAAAUUUUUCUCAUGAAGCCUUAGUCUAGUGGGAGAUUUUAGCGGAUAAGCUGUGGCGGCGGUAAGAUGACGCCGACGGACGAGCUGGAGGAGACCUCCCCGAGGCGCUUCCGCCGGCGUACCUUCACCUCCGCCUCCAUGGUUUGUCCAGAGCUUUUUGAUGGGUUGAGGCGGUUGUGUUAGGAGGAAUUUUUGGUUCUUCUUCAAGGCAAUUCUGAAUUUGAUAGGGCUCUGAUUUGGGAAAUUUCUAAGUAUGGUCUUGUCUGACGAUCCUUCAAAAGUCCUGAAGUUUAUUUCAUACUAUUUUCUUCCAACUAGCCUUAUUUGCAACUGAAAAUACUUUCUUAGGAAGUAUAGUAAUGCUUCUGGAGAGCUAGAAGUCUGACUCCACUUCCAGAACGACCUAAGGUUUUAGAUUGAGCUGAGAACUAUGUAUUUUUUUGGAGUGGAAACGACGUUUAAUAAGUAGCAGUGCUGCUUGAGGUACGACUAGGAGUCUGACUUCCAUCCUAGGCAGUCCAAGUCCACCUGAAAUUUUGUUUUACCUAAAAAAAGUUCUUAUUGGGAGACGAAUAAACGUUCAAAAAGUGCCAGUGCUGCUUGAGGUACGACUUAAUGUCUCACUUCUAGCCGCUAUAAUACUACCUAAGAUUCUUGUUUAAGGUGAUAACUAGGUCUUUAUUUGGAAUGGAAACGACUUUUGAAAGCAUCGGAGCUGCUUGAAGUACGGCUUGAGGUCUGACUCUUCUCCUAGACUUUCUUAGAUCACCUAGGAUCCUUUUUAUGAACUAGGAACAAAAAUGCCAGUAAAAACAACCUUUUCAAGAAACGGAGCUGUUUGAAGUACAAUUUGAGGUCUAACUUCAUUUCCAGCAGCUCUAAGACCACCUAAGAACCUUGUUUGAACUAAUACAUUUGUACCAUAGAACUCCCAAACUUUCGGACCAUAAAAAAGGGUCUGAAUCACGGAGAGAGAGAGAAAACGCUCUUCAAACAGUCCGUCCGUCUUUUCAAAAGGGUUUUUCUUCUUCUUCUGCCAAACCGUUGGUUUGAGGCAAAACGGCACUUGGUCAAAUGGCUUGCGCAAAUACCAACUCUCCGCAACUCCCAACGUUUUUCGAGUAACUUUCGGUCCGGCAAAUAUAUAUUUCUGGAAAAAGAGGGUCGCGGUCGGCGUUGGUUAAAGUUGUUGGCAAACAGAUUUGCGCCCUCGCGGUCACACGUCAAAAACGUCGGUCUCCCAGGAGAAGUUUCGGGAGAGUUUCGGUCGGACUGUCAUGAGAAGAGAGACCGUUUUCGAGGGAGCAGAUUGAGUCUGAUUUUGAUGAUGGGGAUUGAUCCAAAGUUUAUUCUCACUUUGGAAAAAUAGUUUGAGGUUCAGACUCGUAUUGCCUUGAAAGGAGGAUUGGAAGCAUUUUUAAAGGAAUGGAGAAGUUUUUGGGAGAAGAAUCGGAUCAGAUUCAACUAGAUUUUGAGUAGAAACUUUUUCAAUCUGAUCGAAAAAAAAUCAAUAAUCCCUUGCCUGUGAUUAAUAUUUUUAACGUUGAAAAACUUUUUAAAUAGUACCCAUGAAACGUUAAAGUGACUCCAGAAGACUUCAACCAUUCUAUCAAUUUUCAAUUUCCUUCAUUUCGAAACAUUUCAGAGCCGAUGCGCCCGAUCAACAUCGGCAAAUCAGUUGAUGCUCAACUACAACAUGGACGUCACCACGGACACCAACGAUCUCGGUUCGUCUUUCCCUUCUAUUUUUCAUUUUUCCGUAUUUGCCCGACGUGUGUUUUUGGUCAGAGCCAGGGUCAAUAUUUUCGAGUUUUCUGUCCAUUCGCCGACGGAAAAUAUGAAUCCCCCGCUUUUUGAGAGGUCUCGUGCCCUUUGAGCACAGUUACAUGUGGGGAAAUUCGGGGAAUAAUGAAAAUUAUUUUUUUCCGCUUGAAAAGAAAUUUUUUUAAUUUCUAGCUUGAAUGUCAUAGUUAACUUGUAUCAACGCGUGAAAUAUAUUUUUUUCCUCCAGUUUAUGAAGAUUCACAGCUGAAAGAAGUUCCAUAAAUAUGGAUUUUUUGGGGUUCUAAUUUUUUUCAAUAUAUAUUAAGUUUUUGAGCAGGAAAAAAAUAUUUAUCUUUUUGGGUUGAUUUUUUUAAAAAGUUUCAGGGAAAUUUUUGCUUCAAAAACUUCAUCUUACGACUUUGCUAUACAUAUUUUUAAUCAAUAAGAUUUUUUUUCUGAAAGUUUCAAGUCUAUAAGGGUCUUCAAGUCCUCCAAAAUCAACCAAAAUGACCCCUGAAAAGUCCUUCUACUUCUAUUUUUUUCCCCUUAAAAUGCCACCCCUCAAAAUUUCCUGACGAUUUUUGCAAUGGCACGUCAAUCACUCUGGAAGUCACAUAAAGAAGACCCACAAACAAAGAGAAACGGAAUUUUCGCGCACAAAAAUCCGCCAGAUGUUGCGCGCCAAAUUAAAUGUAUGUUUCGGUUUCUGGUGGAAAAUGGUUGGGUUGUUUUGACCGGGAGGGUUUUGGAGGUGGUGGAGGGGCCGUGUUGAAGAAGGAAAUCUAGAAAUACAGGAAAAAAAAGCUGAUUUUUUCUAGUUUUUUGAAUCAUUGCUUUAAAAAAAUGUCCUGAUGUCCAACAGCUCAGUGAAAUGGUUCACCUGCACAUCUAACUCUAGGGAUAUUUUUUUUUAAUUCUCUGAAGCGAAAAAUCUCUUUCAAUAAGCUUACUUCAUUUUGAAAAAAAAAACCCAAUUCUGGUCUUUUUUUUUUUCAACUUUUCGUCACUUGGAUUGCGGACACAACUUUUUUUCAAACAGAUCUUAUAUUAAUUUUCAAAAAAAUAGCCUUUUUUUGCUUGAUCUCUGACCUAAUUAACAUCAAAGUAGUUCAAAAACCAUAUCGAGUCGUUUUCAAUCGAAGAAAAGAAAAAAAAAACUGUUUGGCUCGAAAACUCGGAAAACGCGCGGCUUUCCCUGUUUCAAUACAACACAACUGUUUACCAUCUCACCGCGACUUGUUUGUCCACCUAGCCGAGGUUACUGUAGGUUAGGCGCCAGUGCGUCGUCAUUGUUGACCAGAGACCGCGACGCGACCGCGCCGCGUCGACCCUCGUAAAUACACACACAGGGGGGAAAAAAGACGUGGAAGUGGCGGUGGAUGGACAGGUUCUGCCACGACCUCUUACUUUUCUUUUUGCCGUGGAGCAAACUUUUGGGGAAAGUGUUUGAGGGAAAAAUAUUUAUUGACUUUUAAAAGGCAACAAAAAUUGGAAUUAGUUAAAAAUUCUUUUUUUCAUUAGUGGGACACCGUUCUAAUGAAUUUAGCUGAAAAAAGUUUUUGAAAUGAUUUUUGAGGCUAUUUUUGAGAUUUCAACUUUCUAUCCGGUAAAAAUCACUAAAUUUAGGCCAUAUAAAGAAGAGAGAGAUUGAAUGAGCAACCGAUUUUGAGCAAAAAUUUAAGAUUACAAUGCUUUUUUUUGAGAAAAAUACCAUAAUUUAGCUGGAAAAACCAUUUUUGAGUUGAUGCUCAAUGAAAGUUUGAUACGGAGUCGAUUUUGAUUGCCAAGCCUUUCAAAAAAAAAAAUUCAAAAAAUAGGAAAAAAUUGAAAUUUUUUCAAUCUUUGUGUUUAGUUUAUGCAGGGAACUGAAUAUUCAGCCUAUUUUUUGGAUUUUUCUUUGAAAUUGAACAAUUUUUGAGUUUAUGCUCAGUCAAUUUUUGAUACGGAGUGAAUUUUCGUGGCUAGGCCAUUUUUUAAAAUUUUAAUUGCAAUUUAAAAAAAAAAAGUCAUUCUUGUUGCUCAACUGGAUUCACAGCACGUUUUUCGAAAAUUUCUCAAAAAAUCAGGUUUCACGGAAAAUUUCCCAAUCACAGCGAACCAGUACAAAAAAAAACAGAACCUCAAUUUUUAAAGUCCUUGAGACUGUUUUUUUUUUCCUUCACUCCUUUCCUAGACCCAAACACACACUCAAAACCGCCCAAUUUCGAAAAUUUGACCAAUUUUGGGCUGGCGAUUCACCGCCUGAAAAAGUCACAUUGAUGUUUCGUCGAACACACGGGAAAUGGGAAAUGGAAAACAGCCGUGACCAUCGCAUUUAUUUUUGCCCCAACGCAACACAGCCGAGGUCGAUUGCCGCAACAUUUUUUCGACAGAAGGACCAUUUUCCGCUUUUGGCCCUUCCGCCAAGGACGAGUGUUGCGUGUGGAGGCUGAAAAUUGGCCCUGAAAAAAUACGACUUUUUUUCGCGCAAUCUUUUGAAAAAUGUGUUUUGAGGGGAUUUUGAAGUGAAAAGGAUUUUUUUUCGGAUGCUUUUUUAGUAUAUUUUGAGAUCGAUGUGAGGACGUGCAGAGUGGUCCCUAAAGUGGUUAGGAGAAAAAUAGCCCUAGGGGACGAAAAAACGGUCCCUAUAGGGGUCUAGGGUCACAAACUUCGAAUAAUCAGACUUUUUUUUCAGUAUAAUUUGGAAAAAUUCGGCUUUUGCAAAUCUUUGAAGAUGAAAUCCUAGGUUCAAAGUUGGAGAAAAAAAGUUCAUUUUAACGAUUUUUCGCAAACUUUUCUGUUUCUGACAUUUCUUAUUAGUUUAUAAAACCGCAUAUAACUUAUUGUGAAAAAUCAUAGUAAUGAGUUGAAGGAAAAAAAUGGCGAGUUUAACCUUUUUUUCCAAUUUUUCGGACUUUCAUUCUAUAUUUCUAGGCUUUUCAUGUAGAACAAAAAUUUUUGAUUUUAAAAAAAUAUUUCGAAGUUAACUUCAUUUUAAAAAAAUCAACGCCCAUCUUCCAAAAAAAUGACCUUAGAUUCCUCGAUUUGGUAAUUGAUUUGAAGUUUGGUCUUUUUCUGAGAAAAAAACCACUUUUUGGUCAUCUUUAACGCAUUAGAAAAAGAAUCGAAGGAUUUUUUUCAAUUUUAACUUUUUUUAAAAUCAACUUGAAGAAAAAUAGGAAGGGAUCUUUUUACGAUUAGCAAGAGAGUGUUCAAAUUGAAGAGGUUCAGACGUCUUUGUGAAAUUUUUUGUCCAAAACUAGCACUGAAACUUAUCGAGAUGAUUCAAAAAAAAAAAGCUGAAACUCGGAAAAAUUCAAUUUUCAGUAGUUAUUCCCAAUCUGAACUUUGAUUCUCCAGACCUCCGAUUUUUUCCUAAAAAUUCCAAUUAUAGCCAAAGAACCUUAUCUCCUGGUCAACCUAGACGCAUCAGACAUGAAGCUGUAAAGCGAUAAAUGAGGUAAGCCAAGAGGCUCACCAUUGGUUCGGUCACACCUGGACGGGUUCCUCCGAUCCAAUUUUCGCUGUACACCCAACUGAUUUUACACAAAUCUGCCAUUUAUGGGUAUCGGGGGGAUGCAUAACAACUCGAUGUGUAAUUUGGCAAGAUGUAGAUAGUUUGAUUUAUGGGGCUGGGUGAGUCUGGAAGCAUUGGAGGGAAAGCUGGGAAACGUUCUUUUAUUUUCCUAAGAAUCUUCUCAAGCCUUGUUUCUCCAAGGAUAACAAAAAGAGACUUGAGGGUCGAAUACAAGGAAAAUUUGUUCACCGGCUGCUAAGCAGUUCCUUCAAAGUGCACCGGACCUGAAACGGUUCUCGCACCAAAACAUUAAAACUAUGAAGGGGUUUCUUUCUAAACGAUCGCGAGGCUUUGAGCCAUUCCAAGUGCGACCAAGGCGCUUCAAGAUGGAAGUAGACUCUAAAAAAAUAUAUUGAUUGUUCGUACAAAAAAAGUUGGAAAAAUCCCUUUUGGAGUUGCUAUAAAUAUUCAAAAACCUUGAAAAACCCUAUGACUGUCCGAAAACGAAUGAAAACUACUAUUCCUGUUUCACAUCACUUUUGAAUUAAAUUUUGUGAUCCAUUGAAUUUUUUUUAUAGUCGACGUAUGAAGAACAUCGUUCCAUCGUAUUUUAUUCAUUCAUGUCGAAAAAAAAACUUGGCGCCAAGCCAAACAUCCGACAUUCCGUGUUGACCAGCUGGAUUUACCUAGAAAAUCGAUCAUGACUUUGGGAAAUAGUGAGGAGCAGAAGAAAUAUUCUUUUACAAAAGUAGACUCAGGGGCACGUUCAGAGUCAAUAUUUGCGCCCUCUGGCGCCGGCGCCGACUGACAUUGUUCGGCAGAAGAGAAAAAAAGGCUUUCGCUUUCCUGCAACCAAGUAAAUACUGGAUAAAGUCAUAAGGGCUUUUGGAAUUCAGAGAUUGCGCUCCAAUGAUGAAUUGUUGUUUUUUUUUAUUGGCAGAGUGGACAGGAAACUCAUGGGAGCUUUUCAUGUCAAGAAAUCGCGCUCUAUUGAUAAUUUGCAGGUCCGACGAGCAAGUCGCUGACAUGCAACAGCUGCAAAGAACGAUUCGGAGACAUCUGGACGCUUUUGAAGCAUUGCUACGCCCUCCAUGGCCUCAGGGUCUGUCAGGUACAUUUGGAAACUUUUUCAGACUUUCUAGAAGCAAAAAACCUUCAGGAAGACCUGCCGGAGUCGGAGAAUUCCAUGUCGGCCACCUCGUCGCCGACCUCGAACAACUCCAUGUUGAUGGCCUCCUUCCAUCACGAAACCCCCAGCAAGAUCAUCCAGCCGCAGGCCAAGAGCAACUCCUUGUUCCUCAAUUCGUUCUGCUCGGAGCGACUCAAGGAAAUCGCUGAGAAGGCCGGCGAGCAAGAGGCCAAGCCGCUCUUCGACAAGCGCGACCUCCGGAGGUUCCUCCUUCUUCGGAAAGAGUCUUUAACCCGAGUAAAGAAGUUGCAGCUUCAGCUUCGGCCGGCUGCUGCCCGGCGACGAGACCGAGGAGGAGCAGGUCUCCGCCUUCACCUCGACGUCGGCAGUGAGCAGCAACAACACCAACGGCCAGCAGAUUCCGCAACAACUCGCAGCAGCAGCCGCCGCCGCUCUUCAGCCCAAUGUAUGGAGCAAUCCAGAAAUAGACUAGGAAAGUGUUAUCUUUCAGAACAUGUGGAUGCAGUCGAGCGUGCUGAGCGCCAUGCAGGACUACUACGCCCAGAUGUCCCAGUACAACCUCGGAAGCUCGACGACCGCCGCGGCGCUUCUCGGUCUCGGCACCGCCAUUCAGCCGACGUCGUCACCUGCAGCCGCCGUUCCCGCCAGCGUCGCUGGACUCUUCCCGCCCAUCCACAAGUCGUUAGUUUUGUUAUCUUCGUUUAUUCAUCUCAUUCUACUUCUACCGGAAUACCCUUAGAUUCUGCUUCAGAGAAGAGCCGUCCGCCUUCACGCCGAGUCCGAUGCGACCAGCCUCCGCCGCGAUCCGCCGAAGAGCCAGUCCAGAUGAGGAAUCCGUGACGCCUAGGAAGUCGGCAAGGACCAUCACCGAGGAGGAAAGCGACCCGCUGAUCGUCGUCGACGACAACGACCUCGCCGAACCGGCCGCACGUCGGCAAGUCAACCUGCGGAAGGAGCGGUGUCACUACUGCAACAAGGCAAGUCCACGUCCUCCAAUUCAUUUCCUAGUUAAUGAACCUUUCAUGUAGAAUAGGAACAUGAAGAAAAAUGUAUACUAUCUCAAAACUAAUUAAACUUUUUCCAGGUGUUCACAAAUCGCUCGAAUCUGAUCGUCCACCUCCGGUCACACACCGGCGAGAAGCCCUACAAGUGCCAACUGUGUCCGUACGCCUGCGCGCAGAGCAGCAAGCUUACGCGACACAUGCGGACCCACGGCCAACAGGGCAAGGAGACCUACCACUGCUACAUCUGUCGGAUGCCCUUCUCCGUCCACUCGACGUUGGAGAAGCACAUGCGAAAGUGUGUCGUCAACAACUCGGGAGGACAGCGGGACGGAUCUCCGCCCAGUGGUCAGUUGGAAAUAUUGCCCGUUACGCCCUAGAUUGUCCCCUUUUUUUUUCUUAUAUUCCUCUCUGCUUCCAUUUAUCCUAUAGAUAACUCAAUCUGGCUCUUAUUCCCAAAAAUGUCUUCAUCAAUCAAAUUUUGCAGAGCCGCGAACCGCCCCUACGGCUUCCGCCUUGGCCGACGCCACCUCCCUCCUGGCUCUGUCCAACGCAACCAUCACGCAAGCUUCGACGCAACCGCCGCCCAGCGCCGUUUCUCAAAGCAACCAGAUCGUCCUUAACUGGCUUCAGGUUCGUCUAUCAGCUGGACAUGAAAAAUAGUUCACCUGGGUGACACUUAUGAGAAUAUACUGUUUCAUGAGUCCCUCUGGAAGUUUUGAUCUUUAAAAUUUACUACUUUCUUUUUGAAAGAGAUAUAUUCAUAUAUAUCCAGUAAUUUUUGGUAAGACUCUCCAACGAAGAAUUUUUUUAUAAAAUAAAAAAAGUGACGGUUUUUCCACUGAAGCCAGAGUUGAAUACACUUUGAAUAUUUUUGUCCUAUAAUUCAGGUUUUAGGGGACAAUUUUACAAUACAAUUCCAUCAAAAAAAUUACUUUUUUUAAAAAAAUAUUAAAUUUCCAAGAGAUUACUGUUUCAACUGGUAAAUAAAUAUUUUUGAAAGUGGAUUACUUACGUUGCUGGAUCUGCUCUGCAUUGCAAAAUGUUUGCCAAAAAUGCCUUUCGUGGUCUUGAAAAUUGAGUUUUUGAGAAAAUUGGGAAAGUUUAGAAGCUACGUUUUUUUUGAGGAACAAAAAGUUCCAUUUUCCACUGAACUUCAAGUUUUUCGAGCAAGAUUCAGCAUUCAAAAAAAAACCUAAUGUUCAGUAAAAACGACUAUGAGGUUAUUUUUAGGCCCUACAAGUGAGUUCCGGUCCAAUUUCAACCGGCGCCGGAGGCUUGAAAGACGAAAUGACGGAAGCUGAUGAAGAUAUGGAAGAAACUGAAGCGAGCGAACUCAACGAACGUUUCAAGGUAUCUUUUUGUUAAUUUCCACCCGAAACUCUGUGAAAUUGCAGCCAGAAGCCGCCACGGCGACAGCCUCAUCAACAUGA